GAACUCUGCUCAGGUUCCACUUCAUCUCUCCCUCUCUUCUCCGCUGCCCCGCCGAUCCGACCAAACCUUGAAGGGAGGGGGAGAGAGAGAGAGAGAGGAGCCUAUGAUAUUGGCCGAGCGGUCGGGAAGCUUCUAGAAGAGUGGGAAGAAGAUGGCGGAGAGCUCGGGCUACAAGGAGUACGUGGCCGGUUUGCUCGCCGGCGUCUCCACCGUCAUCACUGGCCACCCUUUCGACACCGUCAAGGUGAAGCUUCAAAAGCACAACACUGAAGUCGGUGGAGUUAAGUACAGGAAUGGCUUGCACUGCUCUGCACGAAUUCUGAAGACUGAAGGGAUCAAAGGCCUAUACAGUGGUGCAACUUCCUCUUUUAUUGGUGUGGCAUUUGAGAGUUCACUUCUUUUUGGCAUCUACUCCCAAACAAAGCAGUCGCUACAGGGAGGAGUACAAACCAGUUGCCCACAGCCACAAAUAAUCAUUCCCUCUGCAGCUUAUGGUGGAGCUAUCAUUAGUUUUGUCUUAUGUCCCUCAGAACUAGUGAAGUGUAGAAUGCAAGUUCAAGGCACGGAUUCUCUUGUUCCCAAGUCCAGUAGAUAUAGUAGCCCCCUUGAUUGUGCUGUAAAAACGGUGAAAACUGAAGGGGUUACAGGCAUUUUUCGUGGUGGCUUUACAACGUUGUUAAGAGAAUCAGUGGGAAACUCCGUCUUCUUCACCGUCUACGAAUAUGUUCGCUAUCACUUGCAUUUAAAGCUGCAAGCUGAGUCAUCUCAGCACAGGCAUUUGAUUGAUGCUGGUGUUGGGGUCGUUACUGGGGGUCUUGGCGGUGUAGCAUUUUGGUCCGCCGUGCUGCCCUUGGAUGUGGCAAAAACAAUAAUUCAGACUUCACCAGAUAAAUCAUCCACCAGGAACCCGUUUCGAGUUUUGAAUUCAAUUUAUAGAAGGGCGGGUCUGAAAGGAUGUUAUGCAGGAUUAGGCCCGACGAUUGUCCGGGCAUUUCCUGCCAAUGCAGCUGCUAUUGUUACCUGGGAAUUGGCCAUGAAGGCUUUAGGAAUAAGGCACGGCUAAUGAGUUAUGAUUCGCUGGCCGGGGGGGUUGGAUUUUGAUUACUUUACUGACAAGUCAAAGUGGGUGGGAAUCAUCUGAUCGGAAGGCGAUCUUUGUUUCCAUUUGCUGAGCUACUUGAGUGUAGUGGAAUGUUCUCGUACGAGCCGAUAAGAAUUUUCUGUCUAUUCGGAUUUAUAUUCGUGUUUGUGGAUUCAUAUUGUAAAAUGUACUCUUCUUUCAAAGAAGCAUUUAUUUGAUCUCU